CGUCCUAUCGGCUUCUCAUCACUUUUGCACGGUACCGCACGCAACGAGGAACGCACUUGUCGCGAGCACGCGGUACGCUCGAUUUUUCUUUGCAUUUUGCUCUUCAUCGAAUUCAAGAUUAACGACGAUUCGAUGAGAACCGUAUUUUCGAACGAUCGAGCGCCGGUGGGUCGAGGAAUUCGUUGAAAAUUAACUUGAUUUUCGAAAAAAAAACAAAAUCCGAGGGAAAAAUCGGGAUUUGUCAACGGAGGAAAAGAGAAAAAUAACGGAAAUAAAAAUUAGUGUAAUUUCGUACGUGGACAAAGGAACUAGAAUCGAGGCAAAUUUCGAGCUCGAAAAGAACGAAAUCGGUAGGAGCGAUCGUCAGAAAAAUCGGCAAGACAAUAAAUCGAGAAUAGAAAUCGGCCGAGAGCUCGUUCGAGGGUGAUUUUUUCAAGCCGUGCAUCUGGUGAGCCCUGAAUAGCCCUCAGUAAGGGGGCCCAUGAAGUAUUAUAUUUUUCUGGUGCGCGAAAAAUCGUAAAAAUUGAACGUUAAAAAAGCUAUUUUAUAUACUCAUCUCGGUUAAUUUUACUUGAAAACGAAAAUUCAGUGUUUAAAGUGGAGCAGAACGAAAGAGGGAAAAAGCGACGCCGCGUGGGGAGACUUUAACGCGUGGAUCGGACGAGAGACACGUGCUCGCGUUACGAGAAUCCGUUUCUAGCGAUUUAACCCGCGAAAAAAGGUCCGAGUGAGUUCCCAAUCGACCUUUCCUUACAAAAUCGUCGUACGAUUGAUCUUAAGAACAAAUUUUCCUGUGAACAAUUGUGCCAAGAAUAUCAGCAAAAUUCUUCAUCCGAUUUCAUCUUCAUUGCGGAGUGAAGUGCUCGUGAUAAAAGUUUAUUGACUGAGAUAGUAAAAGUAAAAAACAUUAGAAAUAUGAAGGAUAUAAUAUCGAUAUGGAGUCGUUUGGCUGGGCGAAGAUACGCCGCGGUAAAUACAAAUGCAAACGGUAAUCACACGAGCGGUGGACACGUUAACGAAAUCGAAGACACAACUGAAACCAACGUCAGAGAUCCACGAAGGAACUUCAGGAGGAAAUCCUCUAUCGUUGUUAAUCAAUUUUUCAAUGCGGCAUUACCGGUUCAUCGUGACGGCCGACGACGUUGGCCCAGACGUAUAUUCAUGCUGAUGACACUGGGUCUCUUGGGUCUAGCGUCAGGAUUGCUCGUGCUUUUACUUCAACCGUACGAUCUCUUGUUCAAACUCAAGGUCGUAUUCAGCGAAGGUGGUGAGAUUUUUGAGCUCUGGAGAACCCCGCCCGUUGAGCUUUAUCUCAAGGUCUACUUGUGGAACGUGACCAACCACGACGACUACAUUUCCGGGAAGGCUGAUAAACUCAUAUUCCAGGAAGUUGGUCCAUACGUUUAUAGGGAAGGAAUGGUCCAUUCGAACGUAACGUUCAACGACAAUUCGACGGUGACGGCAAUUCCACGUCAUCCAUUGACUUAUAUACGGGAGAAGAGUGUUGGGGCCGAGGACGAUUUGCUGAUUCUUCCAAACAUCGCACUCUUCAGCAUCGCAAACGUGAUGCGCGAUUCGUCGUACCUCACUCGAUGGGGAUUGAACGUUCUUAUAAGGCAGACUGACACUCAGCCUCUGGUGAAGAUGACUGCGAAAGAAUUUAUGUUUGGCUACGAAUCGACACUCGUUACCCUCGGCAAUACUUUGUUACCCUCGUGGAUAAAAUUCGACAAGCUCGGACUCAUCGAUAGGAUGUACGAUUUCGAUGGAGACUACGAGACGGUUUAUACUGGCGCGGAUGAUGUCAGAAUGACAGGUCUAAUCGAUAAAUAUAACGGCGACGUAAAUCUGCCACAGUGGACUGGGAAUUGCGCUAAUGUUCAGGGAGCGAGUGACGGUGCAAAAUUUCCGAGUUACAUCGAGCCGAACGACACGUUAUUAUUCUUCAGAAAGAGUCUUUGCCGGAGUGCUAGCAUGGUGCGAACGGGCGAAAAAGAUGUCCGAGGAUUGCAUACGUACAGGUACAAGUUCCGAGAAAACGAGCUGGACAACGGGGCCCACAAUCCAGAAAACAAAUGCUUUUGUAGACACGGACGUUGUUUGCCACCAGGACUCAUUGACGUUACGGACUGUUAUUACGGCUUUCCCAUAGCGUUGUCUUAUCCCCAUUUCUACAAGUCCGAUCCAUCGUUGCUCGCGUCAGUCGAAGGACUCGAACCCGAACAGGAAAAGCACGAGUCGUACUUCUUCAUACAACCGAAAUCAGGCCUUCCUGUGGAUCUAGCGUUUCGUUUCCAAAUAAACAUGGCGCUGCAAGACAUCAGCAGUAUUGCCAACGUUGAACGUUUUGCGAACUUUGUUCUGCCACUUCUUUGGUUCGAAAUCGGAAUGUACGAACUUCCAGAAAAUAUGAACAACCGUUUCUGGCUGUACCUGAACGUGCUUCCCGUAGUUCAGGACGUGGCCUGUGGCGCGUCAUUCCUCGGUGGGCUAAUAUUCCUCGUGUGGAGUGUAACGAAAAUAUUGCUGUACAGUCCGAAAGGAAGUAACAAGCAGCGAAGUUCGGGAAAAUGGUUCGAUACUGAAGUACAAAGGAAGAGACUGAGCUUUUUGAACGAGAAACGAGGAUCGGUCAAGUCAAAAAUGAUGGACACGUACUACAGUUCGCUCCUCGAUUCCAAAGACGACGGUAACACGGCCGAGCAGCACGAUAACUCCGAGUGUCUCAAGGAGGAUCUCGUUUGAGCGAGAAAACUAAGGAACGUCGUUUCCUACCAAACCAAAACGAUGAAGUUUGGAAGAAAAAUAACGGGGUUAAAUAUACAACGGUAAAAAAAUGUCCGUCACGAAAUCUGCUGAGAAAAAACAGGAAUGAAGGCCAAAAGUCGAUGAAUUCUUAAAUUCUCAUUGAUAUAUUUUCCAAAUAUUUUGUUCACCUCUGGAGUCCCAAGGGUCAAAGCAAUACCGCAAUACGUAAAUUAUUUUUAAGCAUAAUCGUAUGAGCUGAAGUUGAGUCGAUUCGAGCACUCGCGAAAUGGCGUCAAAUCAAGUCGCCGUUAAAUAUUAAACGUAACCUAAAAACAUAGAAUCGAAUGACACUUUGUACCGAUAAAUUGUUCAUAGAUGGCGCCAUUAGUGAUUUCUCGGGAUGAUAUUCCAAAUUCCAACCGUUUCUAGUUUUAUUACGAACGCAAAAACACACGACGCACUUGCACACACAAACCCACAGUUCAUCCAUGUUUCGAGACGAGUACGACGUGUUUUUGUUGCCGAGUUUAUUUGUCACGGAAUAGUGUGAAAAUACGAAAUAGCCUGACCGCUUUUCGCUUUAACGAAUAACAAAAUAAACGGACAUCGAUCAAGUCAUACUGACGACGAUGCAUACGUUCACACGAGCAACUCGUUCUACGCGAUCUGUGAGAGGUCAUUUACGCGAACAGGUUAAACAGGACACGAAUCAUCCAACCAUACGGAUCUGUGCAAUGAGACCGAUCUGUAAAUGUAUUUGAGACGGUUUAGCGCUUCGCUCAGCAGCCAAUGUUCCUCCGUGCCCCAUUUUUCGAACCUCGUCGCGACGUUUUCACGCGGCACGAAAAUUCCGAAUCGCUUUACGGGAGUUGUACAUUGUCACAUUUAUGUACGAUUUGGAGAAGCGCGUAAACGCGUUCUCACUUGUUAGAGAUGUCAAGGUGCUCCGCUUAUUUACUGGCAAUGGGUCUUGUAAAUAAAAAAAAAAGAACAAGAAAAAAAGAAACGUUUUUAGUGAUUAAAUGACAAAUACGAUAAGUUAUUGUGUAUAUGACACAUCUGACAGCAGAAUCGUUGACUCAACUGUGUCUCUGCCAUGCGCGUACGGUCUCGUCGGAAACUUCGAUUCAAUAGCUAUGGAAUGACGCGUAGGAUUUUUUUCGUUGGGAUAUUUCUUAUUAGCCUCGUAGAUACGAUGAGAAUUUUUUGGGGUUUUUUUUCUUUCCCUACGGUUGAUGGGAACUUGAAAUAAACAUAUUGUGGCGACGGGAUUCGGGUGAUUCGACCACUUUUUCAUUCCCAUUGAAUUUUUAAUUAUAUUCUCAUCAACGCUGAUUCGUCAAGUGGUCUCGUGUGAGUUUUACUCUCCAGGAUCAAUAUUUAUCGAUUUAUACUUUAUUUAUUUUACUUUAUCCGCAAUAAGCUCGAGCACAAUUCUUAUCGAAUCGAACUUUCGAUCGGGCCUGCACGAAGCAAAGAAACCCGCUAAAUUCGUUAUUCAAUCUCGUCACGGGUCGUUCACGAAGCGCCAUUUCAUUUUUCGUUUCGCCGCCAUUAUACUUGAGCAGCGAUUCCGUCCAUUACGUUCUUUUUCCCCGUGUUUGUUCUUUCGAUAAUAUCAAAUAUCCGAAAGAGUGAGAGUUUAAAUUAAGUGAAGAGUUCAAAUUAAGCAUGUUGUUCACUCAUUUCAUUACCACACAAACAAAAACAUGCACGAAGAAUCCCGUUUUAAAGUGAAAGUGUUUUUUUUUUUGAGGUUAUCCCGAGCCUGAGAAUAUUUUACUUCCCCUCGACAACCUACGAUUCUGCAAAUCAAAUAAAUCAACAGUAUUUGACACAAUUUACGUAUACAACUAGAAUCCUCUACGGACAUUCUUUUUUUCUUGCUUCCUCCGUGUAGACAAGUUUAAAACGAAGUGUAAAUAUGUAAAUAUGAGAAGAAAAAAACGAAUAGAAAAAGCAACACACAGAAACAACAACGAAUUUAGCCACUUAAAAUAUUUAACAAUUUAAUAUUAUAAGUUUAAUGCUCUUUAAAUCGUUUACUUUUUAACGCAAAUUACAGUUAAAAAAAACUUGAAAUAAGAUGUACAAAUACGAAGCCACAGACUUCGGAAGAAGGUUAACCGAGACGUGAGUUUUUCCAAUUAGAAUUGAAAAAUCUUUGGGUUAUCUGAAUAUUCAAUGGAAAAGAUCGGUUGAAAAAUAAAGAAACGAAAAAUCUUGAAAUAGUUUAGAAAUGUUCGUAUUACGAAACGAAAAUCUUGCCUUAUAGUGAAAAAACAAAAUAAUAUGUGUGCGUGGUUGUCACAGGAAAGGGUUCCGAUAUAUUGUUCGUUGCUUCUGUCUCUUCAACACAUUUUUUAGGCGUAUUUCUAUACGUAGUGAGUCGUUAUAAGCGCCUGAGAAAUACUUACCAAAAGUGACUAAAUUUUACGUUACAAAUCGUCAAUUUGUAAAGAAAUAUUGAAAUUUUCACUCGAUCAGUGUUUCGUAGUGCGUGAUUUGCUCGGCCUCUCAGCGGACGGAGCGCACGUUUUUUAUCAUCAAUAAUCACUUUUUUCUAUUUCUCUAAUCGCUACUAUAAAGUAAGACAAUGAUUUAUGCUCUUGCUUUUGUUUUCUCAUCAUCGAGAAAAAGGUGUCAAAAAUUGAGACAUGUCACGCAACGAACUUGGCGUAAAAAACAACGAAAAGAAAAUAUCAUUUUAUACUAUUGUCCUCGUAAUGGUCGUUUCUUCCAAUGCGUUUGCAAAUCGGUUCCAUUUUUUCCAAAUAGCUCUAUACCUACCAUGUACUGAGUUUAAACUUAGUUUAAUGAUGGAGAAAACGAACGUUAGUGAGUUCAUGAUCCUAGAUAAUUCAUUAUUUUAUUUACGCUGUUGUGCGGAGUGGAAUGUGAUAGUUGUCUAUUUUUCACGUAAUUAUAUCAUUAUUAUUAUAUUAUAUUGUCGCGUUAUCAUGCAACAACACAUUGUGAGUCUUGCCAGUGAAAUGUUCUAUACACUGCGAUUCUUCGUAAAAACCAUUGCUCAAUAAAGAACAAAUUUGUUUUCUAUGAA